UUUAUCAAGAUAAGAAGCCUAUUGCUUCAUUUCAUCACAUGUGGCAGGAAGAUGACGUUCAAGGUUACACUAAUGCCUGUAGACAUCAGAGUACUCCUUCUUAUACUUUGUCAAAAGCCAUGAGAUACCAUAAGGAUCCCGCAUCUUUACUGUAGAUCUUUGUUUUUCUACAGGGUUUUCUAAAACCAUAUCCGUAAAUCUUGCGUCUUGUCUUAUCAUACGAAGAGAGUUGAGAUCCGUAAGAAGUUUUAUUACCAAUGAACUGUAAAACAAAACAUAAUUCAAUCAAUUAACUUAACAAGAGUUAUGAAAAAUUUCAAAAUACAAUUUGUUUUAUUAAUACUCACUUGGAUAGAGUAGCCGGAGUAACAAGUACAUAGGAGUCGUAGAUCUUCAACUGAACACUACCUUGGUCAUGGUAGUUAUAGACUGUCGUGGCUUGAAAAACUUCAGUGUAGAAGUCAACAACAUGUGUUACGUAGGCGUGUUCUAGAAUAAUAUAGUGUAUUGCUCCGUCAGCGCAAGACAUGCUGAAUAAAAGGACAAACCUUUUACUAUGAGAUUGAAAUGUAAAUCAAGAUAUCGAGAAAUGAAUGAAAAAAUCAAAUCUACAACACUGUUAUAAUAGCUAAUGACAUAGACAAUAGCUAAUUAAAGACAGAAAAAAAUGAAACAAAUAGCUAACCUGAUUGAUAGUGGAAGAUAAUCUAUAUGUCUCUUUUCUCUCUCGCGGUGCAAUAGAUACUGAUUUUAGAAAACCUAAUCUAAAGGUGAGAAGAGAAAAAUCAGUGAAAUGAGCCGAUAUCGGUGCCGAAUACAACUUUAAUAUGACGCCUUAUCCAACCUCAAGGAGAGCAAAAAUGAUAUCACCCUAUUUUGUGAAUUGCCACAGAAUUCUUUUUUAAAAAACGGAUCGAUCGAUAGCUGGUUCUCUCUCAGGCACGGAGUCCAAGGCAGCCGCACAGCUUGCAUCUCCGCCAGAAUGAAGGUCUCUUUCCGGUGCAGCUCCUCCUGUCCUAAUCACGAGCCUCUCUUCCGCUGCUGAUGACGUUUCGCUCACCAUCCCGAAGCUCUCCCUCUUCUCCUCCAAUGGGUUCCUCUGCAACUGUCCCGUUUGGUUCUCCUCCCCUGCCGCCUGAACCACCAGAUCCGGAUCUUGUCGUGGUGUUUCCGAUAAAUCCUCCAGACCCUCCACCGGUCCUGCUGGUUUGUCCCUUUCUCCGCCAGUUCUCGCCGUCUUACACCGCUCCUCUCAAUCAAAAGGAAAUCGAAUCUCUUAUGCCAUGGGAUCUCUGCUUUUCAACCGGUUGCUUGCUCAAGCCUCUCUGCCCAGACGUCGAUGUGCUAUCCACGCAGCCUGCUCUGCUGCAUCUUUCGUUGGCUGGAAUUUCUCCCUCCGGAGCUCUCAACUCUGGCCUGAGUUACUCCUCCUUUCGACAUUAUCCCGUUUCAAAGCCGAUAAUUAUUACCUCUUGUGUGGAACAUGUUUUGUUAAAGUCAGCCUUAAGGGCAUCAACGAUUUAUCAUCAAGAGUCGUGUGUGGUUUCCUUAUCUGUUGCAAGAUUAUUGGUAUCAAUAGCUGAGUGCAAGCUGACUUCCCUUCAUUACUCAUCUCUUCAAAGUCUUGAGGACUGGGCUUGGAAGGUUGAAAUAUUGGUGGUGAUUUUCUCUCUGUUGGCAGCUCUUAAUACCGCAAUGCAGCAUUUUGAAGUGGAGCUCUCUACUGCUUUAUGCAGUUCUCAGUCAAGGCCUAUCUUCUCUUGCUUCAAGCUCUCGCAAGGCUAUGGUGGUUCUCCUCACAGCUCUCAGUCUCUUCAAAGAGGUGUUUGGUCGCCUUUGAGCUUGUAGCUGGGUCUUUCCCAAUUGGUUACUUUCAGAUUUGCCCGGCAAAGGGAAUGUGGAUGCAAGGCCGUGUCCUCCAUCGCUUAUUGAGUAGAGUGGGCUCUGGACACGUCGUCAAAGCGGUGAUGAUUCACAAAGCCUCUCAACCAGCAAUAUCAACUGGACUCUCAAGACUUCAGAUUCUUCCGGACUCAAUCGUCCCCUUCUGUUCCCUGCGCUUAGGGAUGGACUUGAAUGAGAUUACAGGUUUCUUGAGCUUCAAAAACCUUGUUCCUCUCUUCACUCCGUUAUCAUGUGUUUAUAAUCUACGCACAGCAUUAUGUUUAGCUGUUGCUUUUGCAAAGGGUGUUGUACCCAGACUUUGUAUUUCAAGUACUCUGCUUUGAGUUGGAUAUGAAAUAAAAUUGUUGACAAAAAAAAAAAAA